GUGAGGCUGCACGAUAGUAUACAAGAAGAAAAUUACCACUAUCUAGUCUUUGAUCUAGUUACUGGCGGGGAAUUAUUCGAAGAUAUCGUCGCCAGAGAAUUUUAUUCUGAAGCUGAUGCAUCACAUUGCAUACAACAGAUCUUAGAAUCAGUUAAUCACUGUCAUCAGAACGGUGUAGUUCAUAGAGAUCUCAAGCCUGAAAAUUUAUUAUUAGCUAGUAAGGCAAAAGGAGCUGCGGUAAAACUAGCGGAUUUCGGUUUAGCAAUUGAAGUACAGGGUGAACAACAGGCAUGGUUCGGAUUUGCGGGAACCCCCGGUUAUUUAUCACCGGAAGUUCUCAAAAAGGAACCUUACGGAAAACCAGUCGAUAUUUGGGCUUGCGGAGUCAUCCUUUAUAUCCUUCUCGUGGGUUACCCACCGUUUUGGGACGAAGACCAACACAGAUUGUACGCCCAAAUCAAAGCCGGCGCUUACGAGUAUCCGAGUCCCGAGUGGGAUACAGUUACUCCGGAAGCGAAGAAUUUGAUUAAUCAAAUGUUAUCGGUUAAUCCUAGCAAAAGGAUAACGGCUGCGGAAGCUUUAAAACAUCCCUGGAUUUGCCAGAGGGAACGUGUUGCUUCAGUUGUACACCGACAAGAAACGGUGGAUUGUCUCAAGAAGUUUAAUGCACGUCGCAAACUUAAG